AUGGAUAAAAAAGCAAUGUAAGUUGAUAGCUUUUUAUUAUUCUUGAUUUUUAGAGAGAAGUUUGACAUACCUUGGAAGUACAAGUUCUUGUUGAAUGAGCCAGAAAUUACGGAGGCAUCAAUUAAGAAAAGUCCGGUAAGUUUUGUUUUUUUAACUGUUUUUGGUGUUUAGGUCCACCAGAUGUGAUUGCGCUUGUAAAAUUAGUAGGUUUUGGCGGAUGUAAAUAGUUUUAUGCUAACACAUAGAAAAUACCUUUAGUUUUAAAUGUGUCAAGCUCUUUCUUGGAUAUCUUUUGAUAUUUAAAAGUUACAGGGAUUUCGACUUAUACUUGAUCUGCUCUUCUGAUGUCUUACUUAAUUUAUUGAUAAAAGCUGUAAGCUCACUUAUUGAUAUAGUUUUUUUGACAAAAAAAUAGAUAAGAAAAAUUAGCUUUUAUAUUAUUAGACAGGUUUUUAGUAGUUUUCAGUUAUUGACUUGUUCUGGCCCUUCAAGCGAUAUAAAUCUUGAUUUCGGUGGUGGUUUAUUAAGCUCUAUAACGUUUUGAAAAAUGGAUAUAUGUUUUUAGUUUUUAGAUGUCAUAUAAACCAAAUGAUGUGUAAUGACCAGGCUUGGACGCAGGGCAGGGUGCCCUGUACCAUGCCCUGUUACAGGGUAUGGUAGGGCAUGGUAUAGGGCAUGUUUUAAAAAUUUUUUACAGGGCAUGGUAUAGCUUGGGACAGGGCAGGGCAUUUCAUAUGCCCUGUAUUACCCUGCAAAUGCCCUGUUUGUGUCAUGGUAAGUUUUGGCGGACGCCUCCGCCGAGCGGUCGAUAAUCGGCGGACGCCAUAACUUGAUUAGUUUAGUAGCUAGAAACAUGUAGUUCUUUUCAGAAAUUAUUAUACGUCAUAGGCUACAAAUACGAACGUAAUUUUAAGAUCUUAAAUGUAGUAUUGAUAUCGACCGGUUGAUAAUUUUUAGUAUAUUUUAAUUGCAAAUUUUAUACAUAUUCUUAUCCCUCUGGUGUUCUAAAUUGUAUAGAAAUUGCAUUAGAUACAAUUCUAAGCAAAAAACCUUGUUUUUUGUACAAAUUAAACAUUUGUAAAUUAUCGACCGGUCGAUAACAAUAUUGUUUUUAAAAACAUAAAUUACUGGCUUAAUGUGUAAAUUAUAACAGAUAACAACUUCUGCACUUAACUACAUGUUUCUAGCUGCUAAACUAACCAAGUUAUGGCGUCCGCCGAUUAUCGACCGCUCGGCGGAGGCGUCCGCCAAAAUUUACCCAAGUGCUCUGUAAAUACCCUGUAAAUGACCUAAUGCCCUGCAGGGCAAGGGCAUGGUAGGGCAGGGCAUGAAAGUUGAAUGCCCUGUACAGGGCGGGGCAUUGCAGGGCAUGGCGUGGAAAUUUGCCAAUGCCCUGCCCUGUGUCCAAGCCUGGUAAUGACACUGUAAAAGGAAUUUAGAAAUUAUUGUUAUAUAACUAUGUUACACUUGAUUGAAGGAGCCAUCUUGAAAGUUAUUGUGUUUUCCGUACUUUGAUGGAUUUUCUCGUUAAGAACAGUGCCUUUAGGUCAUAUUGCUACUUUUAAUGUUUUAUAUGACUUCUUUAAUAAUUCCAGGAGCUGAAGAAAGUGUUGUCUAUCAAACCGAAGACAAUUAAAGAUCGAAUUGAACGAAACAUUGCAGUUCUAUCACUAUAUUACGCACGGGACUUUAUUCGCUCAAUAGAUCCUGUGUUUGAAAGGGCAAUUAUUUGUCAGUUUCGCUAUCAUGCAAUCAACGACGAAAACAAAUUCAAAUGGUAUGCUGAGGUUGUGACGCCAGCGCAUCGACGAAACGCCAACAGCAUAAUUCUGGAUUCGAAGGAAUAUCUGGAGUUGAGAUAUGAAGACGAUCUAUUAAGUAUAACUGUGAGUUUUUGAAAUUUUGUUGAUUAAAGCAUUUUGAAAUUUUAUUUUUUGUAAGUUUGAGGCUUACAAAAUGGCAAUUUCGAUGUUUUUUAUUAAUUUAAAAUUUAUAUUAUGUUAGGUUGUUCAACUAAUUAUGCACCACUAACUUCGGAAAUUUGAUUUAAAAAGGGGCUCAGAAUUAUUUGAACAACUUAAUGAAACGAAUUUAUUAAUUUUUUGGAAUUUUAAAAUUUGAAAAUAAUUUUUCUUAUUUUUAGGGAAAAGCGUAUGGCACUACUGAGAAUGGAUUCAAAAUUAGAGGUAUUGCCGUUGGCAAAGAUGCUUACAGAAAUUUUCCCACAAAGAAAAAGGAAUGUGAUGUAUACAUUGCCUUUACUGAUUUCGUACCAAAGGCAACUGCCAUAGCGAUUAGUAACAUUCAAAAAGGCACACUGAAUGAGAUUAUUAUGCCAAAGCCCAAUUUGAUCAGUGUAAGUUGUGUUGCAGUAAUAGUAUGAGCAGUGUAAGAUAUGUUGCGGUAAAGUACAGUAAUUUUAAAAGUUUUGUGAAUUUUUUUGAUUUUUUUGGUUGACAAAAUGAAUUACUGCUUUUUAAUAAAUUUCCUGAUUUUUAAUUAUAGUUAAGUCAUGAGACAAAAAGUUGUAAAAGUUUUGAAAAAACUGAAAUUUUACUUGAAAAUUCAAUUUUCUUUCAUUUUUGUUUGUUUAAAGUCAUUUUUGAUAAUACUUUAGAUGAAAAAAUUCAACAAAGAACUGCCAAACAAACUACAAGAGUUUGUGUCCAAAUAUCCGGCCAAUCAGAAACUCAACGAUGCACAACUCAAGGCUGUCUACACUAUUUCACAAGGUUUAAACAAGCCGAGUCCAUUCAUUCUUUUUGGUCCACCUGGUACCGGAAAAACAGUCACUAUUGUAUCAUCAGUAAUGCAAUUGAUCAGACAAGAUGAUCAGAAUCGAAUCCUGAUUUGCACACCUUCGAAUGCAGCCGCCGAUAAAGUGGCAUUGGAGUUGGUGAAGGAGAUUGACGAAGAUGUGUUGACAUAUAACAACUUAUUGAGGUUAACAGCCAUGUCUGCGGACUAUGAGAGAAGGGAGAAGAAGCUGGAUCGCAUUGUGUAAGGGUUCGAAGUUUUAAAAUUAAAAAAACUGGUUUUAGGCUGAUUUUUUAGUCUUUUCUGUGGUUUUUGCUGAUUUUUAAUAAAAUUUAAAGCUUUUGUGGCUUUAAAACUUAAUCCAAUGUUACUUUAGAAACCUCGAUGAAGAUUGUUACUGUCUUGUUAGUGAUUUCAAGCCAUACCGCAUUGUAAUCACCACCUUAUCAUCGGCAGUUCGGCUUGUUGGCGAAAAAUUCACUCAUAUUAUAGUAGAUGAGGCUGGUCAAGCGAUGGAAUCGGAGCUAUGGAUCCCAAUCGGCAUCUGUGCCACAAAGAACACUUCUGUCAUCUUUUGUGGAGACCCAAAACAGCUUGGACCAGUCAAUAUUAUGAACCUUCCAAGCAAAUAUUCAGGGUUUUUGGAUUGUCCACUGAAUAGAUACUUGAAGAUGAGUGACUACAGCAAUGAUGUGUAGGUUUUUGGUGGUUUCGAUGAAGUAAAUAGCUUUAAAAUUGGAUACGUUUUACAUUUUUUGCAUGCUGAAUCUUUCGUUGCGGGACCUAGGCCCGGGGACUAUGGACUUAGGUUCAGUCUGCGGGCCUACAAGUGGGGGUCCGGACCACUAGUCGGACCUGAAAAAAGUCGCUCGGACGGCUCAGACGAACUACUGGAACCGGUCCCUUUAAAAUUUGCUUUGGUCUGGGUCGGUCCAUUUUGGCCGCCUUUCAAAUCUAGUUACAUUAGGCUUUUUCAGACGGCUGUGUGUACGUCUCAGUGAUUGCUUUAGAUGUCAUGGAAGUAUUGUUCAUAUCGCAUCAGAACUGUUCUACAAGAGUCGGUUGAUGAAUUCUGGAGACAAAACUUGGAAGCAAAAGCUGGCUAACAAUUCAAAAUGGUUAAAUAAGGUGGGACUUUUAGUAAUUUUGGUACUGUUUUGUACUAUUUUUGGUCUUGUUAUAGUAUUAUCUUGUUGGUACUAUCUUAGUACUAUAUUUUUAAUGCUCUUGUAUUGCUAACCUUUGCCUUUUCAGGGCUUCUCAAUUGCUUUCAUUGACAGUAAGAAGAGUAACCACAUUAUCGAGCCAAAUGGAGCGUCCGUUGGCAACCCAUACGAAGCCAAAGUCGUCUGUGAUCUCCUCAGUUUCCUGAACAAGACAUUGGCUAUUGAUUUCGACAAGAUUGGAAUUGUAUCUCCCUACAAAUAUCACACGAAGCUGGUCAAAGAACGAAUCCUGAAAAUUUACAACGACAAAGUUUUGGAUAUGUUAACUGUGGAUUCGGUGGAGAGGUUCCAGGGAUCGGAAAGAGAAGUCAUUAUUAUGACUACGGCGAGGACUCAAAAGCUUGGGUUCUUGGCUUGUGAUUUGGUAAGGGGUUUGAAUGUGGAUGCUUUUGGUAUUUACCUUACCAUACUUUACCUUAUUCUACUCUAUCUUAUACUACUCACUAUGUCUCACCCUAGUUAUUCUUUUCUUUUGGUUUUCUAUGGUUUAUUCUAGUCCUACUCAAGUUUUACUUAAAUUCGAUUAUUUUUGAUGUUAAUUUUUUUUCUAGCGUUUGAAUACAGCCAUUACCAGAGCUCAACGUCUGUUGAUCGUAGUGGGACACAGGAAGAAUUUGGAAAGACAUGGGAAUUGGAAAAAGUAGGAUUCUUUAUGGUUUUCGUAGUGAAAACUUUUGUUAUUUUACAUGUAUUUACUACAGUGGAACUUUUGUAUAACGAACUCUUUUAUAACGAAACUUCCGUAUAAAAAAAAACUUUUAAAGCUUUCUUCUGUAUAAAAAACAACUUUUAAGGCUAACACAACACCGUGCAUUUUAAGUUUUUGUACAUCCAAACUCUUAUAACGAACAAAGGUUCUGGAGCGGUUCGUUAUACAGGAGUUUUACUGUAGUUUUAUUUUUAGUUUUUUACUAGUAUAAUAUAAAACAUUAUCUUUGAUUUUUCUAGAUUCAUCAAGUAUGUACAAGCCAACGACGCCGUCUACCAAGACCUUCCAUUCAAGACCAAAAAUGGAGGAAAGAAUGACAUUGAUGAUUUGGCCAAACGAUUGGAUAAAAUGCAAAUUAAUUCAAGAAAAACAAAAAACGGCAAUGUCAAGGCUUUGGUGGGAAAUUUAGCACAGUGCAAAGAAACAGCAAAGAAGGUGGCAAAAGGAGUGUGGGCCAAGAAGCUGAAAAAAGGAAUGUCGGUUAAGAAGCUAGCACUGGGGAUGUCAUCAGCCAAUGAGCUGGCAGAUGGAAUACAGGCUAAGACGCUAGAACAAGGAGUAUUGGCAGCGAAGCUAGUACAAGGCGUAUUAUCGGCCCCAAAGCCAGGAAAGAAGGCCAAAAAGAAGAAAGCAAAGAAGAAUGACAAAGUUGAGGACUCGGCCAAUCAAGCGGAUCAAACUGCUCCAAAGUUAUCAAAAACAGCCAGAAAGAGGAGGAAUAGAAGGUUGAGGAAGGAAGCUGAAAGAAGAUUUGAUGUGGAUAUUUGA